CGGCGCGGGCAGGAGAGGGUUAAAGGUGGGGCCAGCCCUACAAACUGGCGCACACACUUCUUACUCAGACCCAGUCACACGCGUUUCCCUGGUACUUAGAUGAGGUUACGGGGGGGUUGUUGGGGCCUGGGCCUGAGUGCUUGCACCCCAGGCUCCCGCAGCGCAGCUUGGGGAGGUCGGAGACCCCACUGUCUGAACUCGCGCCUCACCGCCGAGCCCCCUUUCUGGGCGCACACACGCUCCAACGCGCGCACACACCUCGGACAUUCCCAUAGUGCCUCACGUGACACACGGCCCGAACGUGCCCACCCUUCCUACACGCUCACGCACGCGUGCUCACACGCGCGCGCACACACAUAGCUUCCCGGCCGCUUCCUAACUCCGUACCCCCACUCUUCGCCCUGCAAAGGCAUUCAUUGACGGUGACACACCUACACUCAUUCACAGACACACACUCCCCCCACAUGCCAGCCACCACACAUUCAUAAACAGGGCCUGGAGAAGUACACACGCACCCCCUCGCUGCCUACUCCUUUCGGGAGCCCUGAGUCAUUCCUGUCCCCUCCCAGGGCGCCCCAUUUCCCUGUGUGCAGGCACUCUGGGAUCGGCUGGGGACUUUAUUAACGUCCCUCAUCACCUGAGUCCCCUUGCCUACUUUGUUCCCUCUGACACUCAGUCAAGGACUUCCUGUAGGUCCCAGGUCAGGGGCCAAGAGCUCCUGGACGGUUGCCACAGCCCCGGUGCAAGUGGGGGAGGCAUUUCCUUUUCCUGAACUCUGGGAUCCUGCGGGAGGAAGCGGGGAAGUUGGGCGGGGGCUCGGCAGAGGCUGACUGGGCCUUCCUUAGGGAGGAGCUGGGUGCUACAGGCCUGGGAUGAGCUGCUUGGUGAGGAGGCACAGUGUGGGCUGUGGCCCUUACCAUGGAGUCCAUGUUUGAGGACGACAUCAGCAUCCUGACCCAGGAGGCCUUGGGGCCCAGCGAGGUGUGGCUGGAUGGUCCUGGAGAUUCCUCGUUGGGUGGGGACAUGUGCUCUGCCUCCCACUUUGCCCUCAUCACCGCCUACGGGGACAUCAAGGAGCGGCUGGGGGGCCUGGAGAGGGAGAAUGCCACCCUCCGUCGCCGCCUCAAAGUCUAUGAGGUCAAGUACCCAUUGAUCAGUGACUUUGGAGAGGAACACGGCUUCUCUCUGUAUGAAAUCAAGGAUGGCUCCCUGCUGGAGGUGGAGAAAGUCAGUCUGCAGCAACGGCUCAACCAGUUCCAACAUGAGUUGCAGAAGAACAAGGAGCAGGAAGAACAGCUCGGGGAGAUGAUUCAGGCUUACGAGAAGCUCUGUGUGGAGAAGAGCGACUUGGAGACAGAGCUGGGGGAGAUGCGGGCCCUGGUAGAAACCCACCUGCGGCAGAUUUGUGGUUUGGAACAACAGCUGCGGCAGCAACAAGGCCUCCGGGAUGCAGCCUUCCGUAGCCUGAGCCCUCCGCCUGCCCCUGCCCCACCCUGUGCUGAUCUGGACCUGCACUACCUGGCACUGAGAGGGGGAUCUGCCUUAGGUCAUGCAGGCUGGCCUGGCUCCACACCGAGUGUGAGUGAGCUGGAGCGUCGGCAGCUGGAAGAGGCCCUGGAGGCUGCCCAGGGAGAAGCCCGGGGGGCUCAGCUCCGAGAGGAGCAGCUCCAGGCGGAAUGUGAACGACUGCAGGGGGAGUUGAAGCAGCUGCAGGAGACCCGGGCCCAGGAUCUGGCCACCAACCAGUCAGAGCGGGACAUGGCGUGGGUGAAGAGAGUUGGGGACGAUCAGGUGAAUUUGGCGCUGGCCUACACCGAACUGACGGAGGAGUUGGGCCGGCUUCGUGAGUUGAGUUCCCUGCAGGGGAGGAUCCUGAGAACCUUGUUGCAGGAGCAGGCCCGGAGUGGCGGCCAGAGGCACUCGCCGCUGUCGCAGCGCCAUUCCCCGGCCCCCCAGUGCCCCUCGCCCUCUCCUCCUGCCCGAGCGGCGCCGCCAUGCCCCCCGUGCCAGUCCCCGGUCCCGCAGCGCCGCUCUCCGGUGCCCCCGUGCCCCUCACCGCAGCAGCGCCGCUCGCCGGCGUCGCCCUCCUGCCCAUCGCCGGUCCCGCAGCGCCGCUCGCCGGUGCCGCCGCCGUGCCAGUCUCCCAGCCCGCAGCGCCGCUCGCCGGUGCCACCCAGCUGUCCGGCCCCGCAGCCCCGGCCGCCCCCGCCGCCGCCACCUGGGGAGAGGACGCUGACCGAGCGCGCCUACGCCAAGCCGCCCAGCCACCACGUGAAGGCUGGCUUCCAGGGUCGCCGCAGCUACUCGGAGCUGGCGGAGGGCGCGGCCUACGCGGGCGCCUCCCCAGCCUGGUUGCAGGCGGAGGCGGCCACACUCCCCAAGCCCCGCGCCUAUGGCGGCGAGCUCUAUGGCCCCGGCAGACCCCUGAGCCCGCGGCGCGCCUUCGAGGGCAUCCGGCUGCGCUUUGAGAAGCAGCCCUCCGAGGAGGAGGAGUGGGCCAUGCCCUCCAGCCCUCCCAGCCCUGAGGCGGGCACCAUCCGCUGCGCCUCCUUCUGCGCAGGCUUCCCCAUCCCAGAGUCGCCGGCCGCUGCAGCCUAUGCCCACGCAGAGCACGCGCAGUCCUGGCCAUCCAUCAACGUGAGUGGGGAACACACCUGCGCGGCCCGCACCUGGAGAUGCAGGGCCAAGAGCCCCGUCCUCACCUGGGGACCCUGCCCUUCGGUUGCUGAUGGAAACAGUGGGCUCCGACAUCCGCAGUUGCCCCCUCUGCCAGCUGGGUUUUCCUGUCGGGUACCCGGAUGAUGCCCUCAUCAAACACAUUGACUCCCACCUGGAGAACAGCAAGAUCUAGGGCGCCUCUUCCCAACUGGCUGUUUCUCUGUCGUCUCCUACCACUCCCGAACACUCACUUUGAAUGCUGCAUGAAUCUUGUGGGGGGGGCCUGCCCCUUACGAUCCCCAGAUACCUCCACUAGCUACCGAGUUAAUGUGUGUGCCGUCUUCCCUGUUCCAGGCACCACUCAGCUCUGGCUCUUCCCAGGAGGUCAGCAGAGGCUCCCCCUGUCUUCCCAGUUUCUGCUGGGGAGAUGGGAUCUGGGCUGGGCUGGGCAGGGGUGUCCCUCGCAGCCUUUCCUGCCUUUCUGUUCUUAAACAGGGUCGGAUCCAAGAAGGUGUCUAGUAGUUGGGCCUGGGAGUGGGGAAGGUGUCAGGUGACUCCAGGAGCUGCCUGAGCCCCUCCCACAUCCAUCUUUCCUAGGCAUUGUACUCUGUCCCUGUGGGGUCCCAGAGCCUGCCCUGACACUGAUGCCAGUUACUCCAUCCCAUGGCCAUCUUGGGGCUCUUGAUGUUGGGGGGGCAUCUUGUUUCUUGUCAUUCCCUACAGACCAGCCCUGUUUUCCCCCUCUGCCCACCCUGGGGAGCAGGGAGGAUGGGAGAGGAGAGGGUGGCCCCUGAACUGCUGGGAGGAGCCAGCCCGAAGAGGCUAUCCUGAGACUGAGGGUCUUAUGCCAUCACCCUCAGGCUAAGGGAGCUUGCCAGCUCCCAGGCCCUUGCCCUCCCUCUGGAGCCCUGACACUCAGGCACAGAUCGUAAAGGCAGAUGUCCCCCUUCACCGUUUCCCCCACUGGAGCCCCUGACACCAUAGGUGCCCUGGGGCCCAUGUGUGACUCAGCCUCUGCUGGGUGGGUGUCACCAGUGCCUGCUUCCCAGGCCAAAACCUGAGAAUGGGCCCAGGGUGCUGUGGAGAUCAACUUCAAAGAGCUAACCCCCUUCCCACACCCACCAACCCACAUUCCCUCUGUGAAAUCUACCUCAGAGUCAUACCCUCAGAAGGACGGGUAAGCAGGAGGCCAGGGGCCCCAGAGCUGAGGCGGGGAGCCUCUUGCAGAGGGAGCCUGCUGCCCACAAUGAAUCCAUCCCUCCACUGCGAGCCUCCCCCAGGCCUCAGCCCUGGGCAGGUGGCAGUGGAUGCUACUGUCAGCGCAUGUACCGUUCUGAUCCAAAUCUUCCAGGCCCCCCACCUCCUCGCACCCCUCCCCUCCUUAGUGCAGGGGAGUGAAGGGGUGUGCUGGGCCGGGAAGGGGCCAAGGACUCCAGAGACACAUGUCAUUAUACCCUGAGUGUUCCCUAGGGAGGGGACAUGGGGAAGGGGGCCUGGAGAGGGAAGGAGGGCCCUGGGUUCUCUGAACAAGUUGAAAGUCCAAAUAAAACUUAACCUGU